AUGGCUGAUUUAGUCUCUGGUGACAUAGAAGUGCAACACUCUGGCGAUCCAAGCAGCAAGCGUGGUGGCUGGAUCACUUUUCCCUUCAUCAUCGUUACGUUGUUAGGACUGUCCAUAACUUCUUUCGGGGUGAUACUUAACUUGAUCGUAUUCUUGAUCGAGGAAUUCAACAUCAAGAGCAUCGCUGCUGCUCAGAUUUCAAAUAUUUUCAAUGGAUGUCUUGCCAUGUUGCCUGUUGUUGCAGCCAUUCUAGCCGACUCUUUCUUCGGAGACAUUCCCAUCAUCUUGGCUUCUACAUUCAUUUCUCUGCUCGUAAAUCCAAAACUCAUCGAGGCUCUACUAUCAAUUUAUACAAAAGGCUCACCAUUUCCAAAACGUCUUUUUCAGGGCAUCUCUCUUUUGACUCUUAUCGCAUUUUCGGACUACUUGAGACCUCGACCGUGUGAACCGGGCUCAAUCCUAUGCCAAUCACCAUCAGACCUCCAGCUUGGGAUUAUAUAUGUAGUCCUAGCUCUAGUGACUACUGGAACAGCUGAGACACGAGUGGCUUUGGCAUCUGCUGGUGCAAACCAAUAUGAGAAACCUAAAGAUCAAGGAACCUUCUUCAACUGUUACUUCCUCAUGGUAAAUACAGGCGCGAUCAUUAGCGCGACAGCAAUUGUAUAUACUCAGGACAAUGCUAGCUGGAAGCUCGGGUUUGGUCUCUGCGCUGCUGCUAAUUUAAUCAGUUUUAUCCUUUUCAUCUCCGGGAAGAGACUUUACAAGCAUAACAAACCUAUGGGAAGUCCCUUCACAAGUCUAGUCCGUGUUAUAGUCGCUGCUACAGUGAAAAGAAAGGCUGUUAUCUCAUCCAAAGACGAAGAUUAUUACCACCAUGGGCUCGGACAAAAGAACAAGAAUUCUGCUGUAGUGCCCUCCCAGAGUUUCAGCUUCUUUAACCGUGCAACAUUGAAGACGAAAGGGGAGAGUGGCGACACAACUAAUAACAAAUGGAGACUAUGCUCUGUUCAGGAAGUAGAAGAUUUCAAAGCCGUUCUUCGACUUCUUCCUCUGUGGCUAUCCAUCAUCUUUGUUAGCAUUCCUAUUGCUGUGCAAUCAAGCUUGAUGGUACUCCAAGCUCUAGUUACGGACCGUGUGCUUAGCCCUCACUUCAAAGUUUCGGCUGGAUCUAUCCAAGUUAUAGCAAUCAUCUUCUCAUGCAUCUUUAUCAUAAUGAACAACUGGCUUUUUUAUCCCAUGUACCAUAAGCUAACCAACAAGGUCAUGACUCCGCUUCAAAAGAUUGGUAUGGGCCAUGUUUUCACAAUCCUAAGCAUGGUGAUCUCCGCGGUUGUGGAAUCAAAAAGGCUGAAAACAGUUCAAAAUGAGCAUCUCAUGUCAGUGUUAUGGCUGUUUCCUCCUUUUGUGAUAUUAGGAAUAAGCGAAGCCUUUCAGUUACCGGCCCAUAUUGAAUUAUUCUAUGGAGAAUUCCCAGAGUCGUUACGGAACACGGCGACAUCAUUGACCUCACUAGUGAUUGGAAUUACGUUUUAUUUGAGCACAGCUCUGAUCGAUCUGAUCCAAAGGACCACUGCGUGGUUACCGGAUGAUAUUAACCACGGAAGAGUUGAUAAUGUUUACUGGGUUUUAGUCACUGGUGGUGUUUUGAAUUUUGGCUAUUUUCUUGUCUGCUCGUGGUUUUAUAAUUACAGAUUCCUCAGGGAUAAUGGUCAAGAACAAGAUCCUAAAGAUGUUAUAAUCUAA